ACGGAUUUCGGAAAGCAUGAGGGCCUUAAAGGAUGCAGUGUCAUGGCAGUCAACAACUGACGCAGGCAGUCAACUAUCUCCGUGUCUACACUAAACAUACGCACAAAUCCUUUUAUGUAUACACACGCAAUAUUUAAGAAAAAAAUGAAUAUACACAAAAAAGAACGAAACAUGUGUAUAUACACACACAAUAUUUAAGAACAAAGGAAUACUACGUCGGUGAUGAAGUUUACUACAUUCGUAGAUGAACGAAAUAAGGCAUUCGAAUCUCGCAACCAGUCGAUGUACUACGUUUUUUUUAAGCUAUGGUUUUGAGACGUUGGUGAGUGUUGGGCCACUCACCAAGGUUUUUGACAACGUUAGGGUUCUGGGGGUGGUCAGAAUUCUUCCAUAACAGUCUGUUUAUCGAUACUUUUUAAUUAUUUUGAUUGAUUAAUAAUUUUAUUUAUUUUUUAAAAUUUUCUUUUUAGAUGACAAAUUGAGAAGAAAAAAUAAUAAACAAAUGGAGAUUUUAGGAGUGGAAAAUUAUAUUCGAAAUGCUUAUAAAAUAAAAGAUACCUCAUUGAACUUGAGCCAUCGUUGUCUAACUGUGAUACCAUCGAAUCUGAUUAACUUGAAAUGGAUUCAUAGAUUAAUGCUUAACAACAACAAACUGCUUUUACCGCCAGAAGUCAGUGAAUUAGUUGAGUUGGAAGAACUUACAUUGGACCAUAACAUGCUUACUCUUCUACCGAACAAAAUAGAGAAAUUACAAAAUCUGAAAAGACUCAUUUGCUGUCACAACCCACUUGGAACAGUCAUGCCAGAAAUUGGUUACCUGCAUCAGCUCCAAGAACUUUGGUUGAACGCUUGUCAGCUCAUGUUUUUACCGAAGGAAAUUGGCAACUUGAAAAACUUGUGUAAAUUCAGUGCAAAAGUUAAUAAGUUGAAUUCCAUACCAGAUACUAUAGGUGGACUUACUAAACUCCAUUGGAUUAACUUAUCCAGUAAUUUAGUCUCAGACCUUCCUGAAAGUUUUGGUAAGCUUCGGUCGCUCAACCAUGUCAACUUGAGUUGUAAUAAGUUUAAAACGCUUCCACAGUGUUUUCUUACUUUACCACAAAUUAUGGUGUUAGACUUAAGGGAAAAUGAGAUAGCUGACCUCCCCGAUGACUUCCUGACAGCGUUUCCUAACUUGAAUCGACUUGACUUGAGAGAGAACAUAAUUCAAGAAGCACCACAGUCAUGGCAGGAUGUUGGUUAUAUCUUAACUGGGAGAUGUGAAGAUGAUGUUAUUUUGGUUGAUCCAGACUACUUCAAAAUAAGGAAGCAAAAACCACACAGCAGUCGGAGAGAACACAGCUGCUCCAAAACCAGCAUCUGUGAAACGAUUACUAAUCAGACCGAAAGAAACAAGACCAUUUCUACCAGGGACAAAGAUGUUGCCCAAACCAAGGUCAUUAAUGAUGUGAUUACAGAGAACGGAGGUCACAUCUCAGCUGUCAGUGUUAAACAAGACUUUACCAGAAGUGAAUGGAAUGUAAAUAACGGCAGUAUUAGACAAAAAGGAAGCAUUGUUCAGAUUGAAGCUAACAAUGUAAGGACUAUGGAAGGCACAAAGGGCUUGAUCUCUUUGGGCAAUGUUAAAGAACACUUGGUUGUCCAAGAUGAAUCAGUUAGAAUUAAAAUGGGAGAAAAUAAAAUGAAUUGUAUACAUAUUCUACAAAAUUCUGAAUAUAAACCACCUUAGACUUGUUUGAGUAAUUAGCAUUUUUAUUUACCUCAAUAAAAAUACAGAAUUUAUUCCCAAAGUUGCUUUCAUAAAUCCCUGUAACCUUGUCGAGCCAUUGAGACAACCGCGAAGAAUUUUUUCUUUGUGGCAUUGGUUUCCUAAACUGGAUGAGAGAACUUGAAAUUAGCACAGAAAUUUAACAAAAAUAAAAGACACUUGUUAAUUUUGUAGUGUUACCUCUGUAGCUGUAAACCUAUAACACACUGUGGUGCCUGCUAACGGCAUGCUGAGAAUUAAGUGUAUUAUCAAGGACAUAACACUGGACGGUCACAAGAUGCAAAUUGCAGCUGCCUUGACUAUUUGCUUCUUUGUUAUAAACUCAUCAAUCCAUUCUCUCAUAUGUAUUUAUAUGAAUUCUUACAAAAUUUGUGUUUAUCUUUUAUCUUUUACUUGUUUCAGUCAUGAGACUGUGGCCAUGCUGGGGCAUUGCAUUGAAAAUUUUUUAUGGGGUUGUUAGUGUAGGGUUAAAGUAUUUUUUGAAGGUGUGCUCAGGAAAUAAAAAGAGGAAAUGAAAAAUUAAUGAUGGUAGUGAUACAGUUAAUAGCUCCAAGUAGUACCAGUUGUCUUAUAAUGCUUGUCACCAGGGCAACCAAGAGAUGGCAAAAAUGUUGUAGAAUUUUUGUCAUUUAAAUCCAAUCACAUACCAUAACAUUUCUUGAUCCAUUUUGUAUUGAUUAAAGGAUGCUACUUUGGUGUGUGAUAACGAAGUUAUUUUACUAAAUUCUUUUUUAUAUUUAAAGUAAUUGAAAGAAACACAGAGCAUCUCAAAAUAAAUACAGUAAUGAAAGGGUGAAAGAAAAGCUUUUUUAUGUCUUUGAAAUUAUGGGCUAAAUUUCUUUAAAGAGGUGGAUAUACAGUUCAUCUAGUACCUAUACCACUUUCUACUGCAGCUGAUGAUA